CGGAUAAGUAGUAAUGUGACUAUUAGGCCUACAUUUAACCAUAUUAACAUGGUGUAUUCUGUGCUUUUUCUUAGAAUUAUGAUGGAACUAUGAACAGAGCUAAUUACACACUCCCAGAUGCAGUAGCUCUUAUUGAUGUUCCCAAAUAUCUGGGCAACUUGAAGUACCAAGUGUGGAAGAAGAUGAAGGACGUCUGCCUUUACUAUCCUGUGAUCCUGAAUCCACACACAUCUUCACCUAAUGUUGUCUCUGUGUCAGAUGAUCUGACCUCUGUGACCUCAUCACGACCUCAGCCCAAAGCUCUUCCUCUGCACAGGAACCGUGUGGUGCUGGGGAGUGUGGAAUAUGCUAAUGGUGUUCACUCAUGGGAUAUUGAGGUGGGAAACAGUCGGCACUGGACACUAGGAGUGUGUCUUGGAUCGGUGGAAAGAUCUGUUGUGCAACCUUUGACCCCUGAAAAUGGCUUCUGGGGUCUCAGACGUGAUGGAGACUCGUACAUAUUGAUGGACACUGGGAUGUCCAGAUUAAACAUGAAGAGAAAUCCAGAGGUAGUCAGAGUAAAGAUUGACUAUUUUCCCUUCGAUCAUAAUGAUUUAUUUCUGAUCUUUCAGAAUCAGAAACACUGGAGGAAGGUGAGCUUUUCUGAUGCCAGGAGUGACUCAUUUCUUGCAGGAUUUACUAGAGUGCCAGUGGAGAAGGAACUCUUUCCUUUUGUGAUCCCAGAAGAUCAAUCUGUCCCUCUGCGUGUCGUCCCAGCUAAAGUUAUUGUGACUGUUGAACAGAAACUAUCGUUCACAGAGAGAGUCUUGAUCUUAAUCUUGGGUGUUUUUGUAGUGGUUAUAGUGAUAAUUCUGUCAUGAGCGAUAAAGCAAAUGAACAUCUGAGGAAAAAGAAAGUAUCAUCUGAUAUUCUGUGAGUCAGUCAAGACUUCAGUUCAACAAAACUCUGGUUCUUCAUUUGGUGUGAUCUUAUAAAGCUAUUGUAGAUGUCGUAACUGUUUCAGCCCUUACAGAACAGAAAUAUAUGGGAAUAUCCCAGCUAACAAAUAGAAGCUGUCAGAACGUUUUGUUAACAUUCUCUUUAGGUUAUGAAAACAUUUUUUCUGAAAGUUUUUUAAACUGAAAACGUUUUUUUAAUGUAAAAAAGAAUAAAAAUUACAGUCAAUAAUAAAAACAUACUGAAGCAUAUCAUGAAGUCACACACAAACAUCAAGAUUUUGGAUAUAAAUCACAACAAAGGUGACAAACAAAACU